CUUCCUGUUCGUGUUCCAAAAUCUCAAGCUAGCUAUUGUUCAUCAUGGCUGGACUCAACCCACACGUGCCUCUGCAUCUUGCUCAAGCAUCCAUAUUUACUGGCAGAGGGUUCAACCGUCCUGAAGACUAUAAUCGUUAUCUUGUCAAAUUUCAAGAUCGUCCUCUGUGCCCUUCUGUGUAUCUUGAUUUAGCCCGAUUCAAUAGGUAUGAUAUGAAUAUUCCUAGGCUAAUCAAUGUUGUCGGUGGUCUGAUCUGCCUCUCGAUCAGUGCUAUGGCUUUCGUCCUGAAGCAGUUCGAAUGUUUUAUGCAAACAUGAGACCCUGCUUUAACACGGAUCCUCCCACCUUCACGACCACAGUAUACAACUAUCUACUCACCAUCUCAGUUGACUUGCUGUCGUAUCUGCUUGGGUAUCCUAUCCAAGGAGCCGAAGUUGUGGAUGAAGCUGACUUUCCUACUGUAGAAUUCAAUGAGAAUGAGGCUAUGCACCUAUAUGCCAGGGAUAUAGGAGCCUACCAUCCUGCCAGAUUAGAUGCAAGGUGUCUUCCGGAUGAUCUAAAGGUGUUGCAUUUCUACAUUACUCGAGUAUUUCUUCCUCGCUCUCAUGGACUCACUCGCAUCUAUCCCAUGGAUAUGUGGAUUCUUGCCAGGGCCAAAGAGAACAGACACAUCAGCUAUCCCCAUCUUAUGAUUGGUCACAUGAUGCAGUACUGUGAUGACUAUUUCUACGACGAGCUGCCUUUUGCUCCUCAAAUCACACUACUCAUGCGCUCCUUGGAUCUUGAUAUGCGCUACAAGGUUGCUCGUGUUAAUCUCAUCGAUUCUCUUUGGGAUCAGUUCGUUCUUCGUAAGGUCAAUGCUCUUGUAGGUCGUCGUCGACCUUGGGUCAAUGCUUCAGGGGGAGUGACUAUUGGCUCUGUCGUUCCUACUGAAGUGGCUGAAGUUGGACCUUAGGAAGGUCUGAGUCUUGCUGAUCUGGUGGAAGGAAUACCUGAAGAAGAAGAAGCAGAGGAGGCUAUGUCUGACAUCUCAGAUUAUUUGUCCUCACCUACUUAUCCGUUUUGAAGGAGUCUUAGGUUGUUUUUGCGAGGGGGAGUAAAUUGUCUUCUAGUCUUCUAAGUAAGAGUCAGUGGUCUAAGUGUCUGAAUGAGUGUGCGUUUGAAUAAAGCUCUGUUGUCCUGAGCAUUAGUGUCGGUUCUUAAAUAAAGCUCCGUCUAAGAGCUUAGGUGUCGUGGUUAAUAAGAUUUUGAUAUCGUU